AUGUCUUCAAAUCACGAGUUAUCCACCCGAGCCAUACAUUGCGGUCAAUCGCCUGAUCAGUGGACACACAGAGCGUUGAUUCCACCGAUAGUCAGUUCGACUACAUUUGAGUUGUCUGUCGAGCAAUUGUUUGAUACAAAAUUUAUUGGAAAUGAAUACGACUAUUCGCGUACCGGUAACCCUACCCGCAAGUGUCUGGAGACAGCACUGGCCAGUCUAGAGUUGGCAAAGUAUGGCCUGUGUUUUUCAUCUGGUAUGGCGACUACUGUUACCUGUUGUCACUUGUUAUCCACCGGUGAUCACGUGUUGUCCUGCGAUGAUAUUUACGGCGGUAGUCACCGAUAUUUUACCCAAUGUCUCUACCGAUCGGGAAUUGAUUUAGAAUUUGGUGAUUUUACCGAUUUGUCCGAUGUGGCCAACAAAUUAAGACCAACCACUAGACUUAUAUGGGUUGAGACGCCGUCCAAUCCUCUAAUGAAAGUCGUAGACCUGAAGGCAUUGUGUGAGCUAAGAGACCGAAAGGCACCGCAAGCUAUCAUCGCCUGCGACAACACUUUUAUGAGUCCACUCUUUCAACGGCCACUCGAUUUCGGUGUCGAUUUGUCCGUACAUUCGGUGACCAAAUAUAUUAAUGGUCAUUCCGAUGUAAUAAUGGGCGCCAUAUUAACAAAUAGGGAGGACUUGUACAUCAAACUCAAGUUUCUUCAAAAUGCAUUGGGAACUGUUUCGUCGCCAUUUGACUGCUAUCUUGUGAAUCGAGGCCUGAAAACAUUGACCGCCCGAAUGGCUGUCCAUCAGACCAACGGUUUGGAAAUUGCCCGCUAUCUGGAAUCCCAUCCAAUGGUCACACAAGUGCUUCACUCUGGUCUACCAUCCCAUCCGCAGCACGAGUUGGCCCGCAAACAGUGUCGAGGCUUUUCGGGAAUGAUAUCGUUUCGCUUGAAAGGUGAUGCUCAACAAACCCAAGUAUUUUUGAAGUCUUUGAAAUUAUUUAAAUUAGUAGUAAGUUUGGGAUCAGUUGAAUCUCGUGUAGAACUACCAGCGCGAAUGUCACAUCUGUCUGUGCCUCGCGAACGACUGCAACUAAUGACAAUCGACGACCAAUUGCUUCGGUUAUCGGUAGGCAUUGAAGACUUUAGCGAUUUGAUUGCCGACUUAGAGGAAGCUCUCAAAUGUGUUCAAAAAUCUUUGCCAACAAAUUAG